AUGUCUUACGAUCAAUCUGGGCGCAGGACCCAGUCCUCCUCCUCUCAGCGCGGCGCGCUCACAUACUGGUUGCCCCUCGCCUUUUCAGUCACCGUUGCGACGAUUGGUCUCGCUGCGUGGAUUUGGAGCGAGCGGAAUGACGACGACGACGACGACGACUAUCCUCCUCGCCCUCCGCGAGAUAACGACAGCGUCUACGAUCGACCAGGUCACCAUCGGGAUGGCACUAUCAGGACAGGGCCUCCUUCGUACGCGGAUGUGAGGCCAGGAGAAGUGGCAUAUGGCACGGCCCCAGGGCCAAGACCAGAGGAAAGCCAGAGUUAUAUGGCUCGGAUGUCGGGCGCGCUGAGGAGGACUCCAAGCCCACAGCAACUCUUCGACAAUGCCAGCCGCAGUGUAGUUGGUGGCAUCGGCGCGAUGGGCGCCGUGGUUGGGAGCGCGCUGGGUAGUAUCAUGGAGGAGGACAGAACCGCCUACAAGGACCACAAGACAUGGAGCGAGGAGGCUGCAGCGAGGGCGUUGACCGAAACGCAAGGACCUAUCGAGAUGCGCUCUGCAGACCAUACACCCGGCGUUGCGCCAGCUCAGAGAGUUGCCGUCCAUCAUGGAAGGCGGAAAACAGUCGCUGUUGUGGUAUCUGCUGAUACGCACUCUGAUGCUCUCGUUCACGACGAGGGCGAGUUCCAUGAACAUGCUUCUGUUCUGUCACAUCUCCCUCGGAAUAUCGAUUUCUCUAAAGUACGACUUUUCGUUCUCAUAUACGCUCCAGGAUUGAAGGAACAUCCUCUUGAUGCGGGGGGUGCCAGGCCUCCCGGAUCUCUCAGUUCCUCAUUUUCGAAUAUAGGGCACGAACAAGCACAGACACCAGGAUCAGAAUCGGAAAAGCAAUUAUCUUCCAGCUCCCCAUCUCCAGCAUUCAAUGCGAUAUAUGCCCAAGGCUUGGCACUUAUUGAGAAGGAGACAAUGGUUCUCCCCUUCACAACACCGUCUGGGCACGUCCAUAUCCUCCGCCAUCUCGGACCCGAGAUAGUAUACCUCCAGGAAUCUCUCUCGGGAAAUAAUGGCGAACUGGUCAACCAAUUGCAAACCUGGCUCAGACAAGAUGUUGUCCUAGUAGUUGGCGCAGACGGUGGCCACGGUGGACUCGCGGACAGUGAGAGUGAAGCCGAGAAUGCACCAAAGAAAGAGCACUGGUGGGAGCGCGAGGACCGCGUUGGCCGAGGCCGAGGGGUUGUAGUUGUAGAGGGACUGCGUGUUGGCGAUGACUGGGCUCGGAGAAUUGAAAAUAGGGAAUGA